CCCGCCAUUAUUCGUGUUUACUACUGACGAUGUUUUGAAAUGUAAAAGACUCUCAUGCCAUAAUUUAAGAUCACAUAUGAUAUGGCAUGUGACAGCUUGUAUUUUCUACCGUCUGAAAUCGCCCGUCUGGUUUUAGGUUAUCUACAAUCGGAAGGCUACGUCAAAACUUACAAGAACUUUGUGAAAGAAUGUCCUCAUCUAAGCGAAUAUGUCAACUUCAUGAAGAAGGGCCAAUAUUACCCAUUGACAAUCAAUGGUUUGGCCCUUAUGCAGAUCCUGGAAGAAUAUGGGGCUCUAAGAGUAGCAGAAACUACCAAGAAAUUAACACCAAACCCGGCUCUAAGUUCCCUAUGGUGUCAGUUUGACUCAGUUGUGGACAAUAUCAAGAAACGUAUGGCUUCUAAUUCAAAUUUGGUAUACAAAGGCCAUGAAAACCAAAAGUCCAGGACACGAAUGCAGAUGGUGGAACGGCGACGUAAUCAAAUCAAAGCUUCUGUAACCAAUGUUGAUCCAGAUAUCAUCCAGCCCCACAACUCCAAAACACUUGUCACGCCACUGGUGGUCACCCGGGCAAUUUUGCAGAACAAGGCUGACUCGGAUUACAGUCUAUCACAGCCAGCCUCACCAUCAGAUGGUGGUGAAGGACCCGAUGAUAAUGACUCUGAUGUGUACGAAAUGUCAGUGGAUGUCCCUAGUGGAACUGAAAUAAUGAAAUUACCUACAUCCCAACCAACAAAAGAAGGUUCUAGUGAAAUGAGACCUAUUAAAGCUUUACCAAGUCCAAGGUCAGAUACAGUCUGUACUUUGCAGAAUUCUUCUGAAAAAUACCAAGCAUCAGAAUGCUCUACAGUUAACAAAGUUACAGAAUUGUCUGCCAGAAAGGUUCCCAUGGUUCCAUCCAUUUCCUCAGUCACAAUGACAGUUUCAACAGUAGCUGCACAUGCUGACACAGAAAUGACAAAUGUUCCAGGCUCACCAGCUGUUGGUCUUGUGUCAUCUCACAAAACACCUGUCAAAAACCAUACUACUGUGGAGCCUGGAUUGGAGAAGUCACCAAGGCGGAAGAGACCACCAAAGAGAAAACCACAAGGAGAACUUCGCAGACAGAAUAAGUCUGACUCCAGUAUAGCACAUGGUAUAGGUAGCCACAAUGAAAGUAGUAACAGCACCGAUGGAUCAGCCCUGGAAAACUCCUUCCCUCAAAUAUUGGAGCACAUCAUGAAUGAUCCAUUGCUUCCACACAAACUUGCUGAGAACAUCAACAAGAGUCUUCACCCUGAGGUGAUCCCAGACCCUGGUACACCAGCUGCCCUUCCUCAUGUGGAUUCAAUCCCUGAUAGUCCCUUCAUAGGUCGCUCUCUCGAGGAUAUACUUGACCAACAGGAAACACAGAUGCCAGCAUCUUCCAUCAAUGGAAUUAUAGAACUCACAGAGAGGGAUCCGAAUUUUGAGUGGCUGUUCUCUGCAGGUGUUUGUUAUCUGGAUGAGGCCGCCCAUGACCGUGAUUUUACAGACAGCGAACACAAGAGUCGCAGUAAUGGACUAGUACAGUCCUCCACCAGAAACACUACACAGCAGCCACAACCUGGCUCCUCAGGUAGUAAGAUGGAUUUUGUCCCGGCAUCUGACAGGUCCUUUGGUGGGCUGACAUCGGAGAACAUACCUUUUACUCCUCCUACCAAUUUUAUGCCAAUAUCAGAAGACAUUGAAAGCAACUUAUUCAAAAUAUCUGUGCCAAAUUUUUCAAACUCUCCAACAAGCAAUGCUGAAUCAUUCCACAGCAUUACUCAAUAUACAACAACCACAACCAGAGAUGAAGCUCGUGCCACACAGUUUCCAAUCACAGGCAGUGUGACAUCUUCGACCUUACACCAGCCAAAGACAAGUAAUGUUAAAACCCAGUUGCCAUUGACAACUUGUGAUAGUGCUUCUCAGCAGUUUGCUACCUCAGCUGUACAAAGUGUGACAAUAUGUGUGACAGCUCAGGCUCUGGCAACUGUCACAUCCCAUCAACCAAUCACUUCUAGACUCUCGUCCCAGCCAAUCACAACAGCAGUGACAUCCAUACAACCAAUCACCUCGUCUUUCUCCACUGGUUAUGGUAAAGAGACGGUAGAGUCCACCCUUACCUCCCCUCACGGUUUCCCUGUGCUGUCCCUCAGGAGCUCUGUCAAUGAUGAUGACUUGCCAGAUCCUUUAUCGUCGUUCACUAUACAAUCACCAGUCAAGCCAUGUGUGACAAGUCAGUGUCACACCAGUGAGGUGAGAGGAAGCACCUUGUCAGCUUCAUAUUCUACAUUUGUGAGCGGCAUGAAUGACGGACAACAUAGCAGUACUCCCAUCACUGGGCGAGUCAAUGCUGGUCUUGUUUUGCCUUGUGUGACAGGCAUUACCUCCAGUCAAGAAUUAACAAAAAAAAUCCCAGCUGUUCCAUCUACCUCUCCAGCGGUGUUUGCCAAGCCCCAUUCAGCUGUUCCAACUACCUCCCCAAAGUCAUUGCCAACCAUCAACAUCCGUAGUCUUAUGGAUAAACUGGAAGCUAAAGCCAAAGGAGAGGUAGUAGAGAUAGACCUACAGCCAAAACCAGCUGCCAAACCAAGUACCAAGGGUCGGGGCAGGAAGAAAAAUCCCCCACCACAGAAGUCAUCCCCAAAAUCUGUCCAGCCUAAACCACUAGAUCCAUCAGGUGCAGGAAUUUGGUCUUCAGAACUAUCAGCUUUAGUGAAAAUUGCCUCUCCUGAGAAAUGCACAACUCAAAGCUCAAGUGUCAAAAGGUCACGUGUCACAAGGUCAAGUGCUGCAAAGAUGUCCGAUUUGAAUAGUGAUCAGACAGUUCAACAGCCCAGGAAAACUAAGAAGGGAAAUGAAACAUUCAUGGCCGUUUUAUCACCCAGUGGCAGCUGUGUACACCAUGUACCUGUCCUGGAAGUUAACUCCCUUAGCGAGUUUUCUGAUGCUAAGGAUUUGGUUCCUAUGGGACAACUUGUUCCAACUAGCAUACCUGUGGUGACGUCAUCAUAUGUAACCCUGACAACAACACAGACUUUGAUAACAUCAUCUCUGCCUUUAUCAACCCAGAGUAAUUCUAUCUUAUCUGUGUCCCUGUCAGCUGUACCAUCCGUGACAUCUUCACUACAAACUGAGUGUAUUUCAAAGGUAGUGACAACAAUGACAUCGUCAUGUUUACCAUUCGUCCAGAAGGAUGCCCCUCAGACUCCCCCGACCAACACCUGUCACACAGACUAUCCCAGCAUGCCUGACUUACAUGGUUCCCAACCUUCUCUACCAGUGCCUGCCACCACCUGUGACAAACCGAAGGACAUACAACCAGAUCAUGCUUCUGUCCUUAAUGAUGCCUACUCUGCAGAUCGAGACUUCCUGGAGUCACCCUGCUCUAGUAUGUCUGGUUAUGAUGAUGGGUCUGCUCGUAGAGAUCAUGUUAUGGAGUCAGGUGUGAAAUCAAUGACUGAACAUCUCAGUGUUUAUUGUGGGAUUCCUGUUGACAAGGUAACACAGAGAGAUAUAUAUGCACGGCCACUGGACUUUGGUUCUGCAGUUCCACACUCAAGCUCGACAGAAGUCUCCUCUCCUCUCAGACAGCCCUCUUUUGGUCGCGGCAAGAAAACUCCAGUCACAAAGAAAAAGAAAAUGGGUAGACCUCCAGGAAGGAGAUCAACACGUGGAAAAUCACAGUUGAAUGCUGGUGAGGACAUUAUGAAUUCUCCAAUAUCAUCAAGAGAGGUGACCAAGGCUUCACAACAAAAUGUGAUGUCUCCUACUUGUAGUAGAACUGGUAGUUGUGUUGGGCAGUUCGACUCCUGUACUGACUCACUGGAUGGACCACCCUCACAACAAGCCUAUGGCACUCCACUUCGGGGUAAGGCAUUGUCAUCUCCAGGCAUUCCCUCUUACACCUCCUCACAUGUGGGGGAAAAGACUGUUGCAGUGACAUCAGGUCAGGUCAGAAGUCCCAGUGAGCCAGCAUGCACACCUCUUCAAGACAUCAACAACAGUCCUGCAGGUACACCCGACAAACUGAUGAUUUGUACACCAACUCACACUGACUACAUACCAACAAAGGGGGCUACAUCUCAACGUCAAGUCUUAACCCUAGGAAAUGUGGGAGCAUUAAGCCUGCACGAAGUUGUGAAUUCUCCAUCUUAUGACGAUAUGGCAAGUCGAGAUAGUGUUUUAUCUAAGCAUGCCCCAAGCCCAUCAGUACAAGGACUUCUUAUACAUCAAUGUGAGCAAGAUGGUGAUAGAAAACAGACUGAGACAUCGGAGGACAUUUCAAAUUUAAAACUUACGGAACAUUAUAAUAAUGAAGCUAUGGAGACACUGGACAAAAUUCCAUCUCCACAUCAGGUCUUGGAUAAUGCAAAGAGCAUUCAUGAAUCAGAGAUCAGCAGUGCUGUCUUGUCUAUUCAAGACAAUGCUAUUUCUGUGGAGAUUUGUAGGUCUAGUCCUGUCAACAUGUCGGAGAGUAGAAAUACAGCCUCAGGUAGGAAGCCUACUUCACCAAACCCUCACACUCAACAGAAGGUGUCUAUACCCUUACCGGACACACUUCAACAGCUAACUAACCCCACAGGCAAGGAGUCUGAUAUAAUGAUCAGCAUUGAUAAUCAACGUUUGUCCACUGAGGCCAGCGACAAUAGCCAGCAAUCACAAGGCACAGUCGAAGUUCAGCAGUCAGACAUCGGCAAUCAGUCAGUGACUAACAGUAACUCAAAAAGUCAGCAAAAUCCUAUCCAAUUUGAUACAUUCAAAAUCAAAUCGCAUCAAGGUGGCUCAUAUUCCCAGCCUGAAAACUCCAAUGGAAACAAAUGUAAUACAAUAAACCCAACUGUUAAAAACCAAAGUCAUGUCAUCAACCAAUCACAAAGCCCUACAACCCACCGAUCACAAGACCAUGUAAUCAACCAAUCACUAGAUUACCAAAGCAUUUUAAAAGUUUCACAAUCGAUGAUGAGUUCAACUAAUAUAUUAGAAGAUGCUAUGAAGCAGGUAUUUUCAGCUUCAGAUCAACAGCAGACAUUUUUUAGUUCAGCUCCUGUCUUGACUGGUACACAAUUAAUGGAAAAUUCAUCUACAAAUCACCAGGCUGUGCCUUGUAGAGGGACACCUUCCCAGGUGGUCAGUUCUCCAGCACCUGUGGUUAGUCAAAAACAGUUCAUUGUAUAUUCUCCAGCUCCUACCCAGACAGUGCAGUCCACAGCUGCAUCUACACCGGUAGUUCACUCGACUGCUCCCGUCUUGACUCAUUCUCAGUUUAUAGUCAACUCACCUGCUCCUGUUACACCAGCAUCAUUUAUUGUUACGUCAACAACUUACCCAGCUACACCUAUAGCCUGUCAAUCACAGUUUGUCUUGAACUCACCAGCAACCCCUGUGAUGGUCAAGUCCCCUGCAACUCCAUUGAUUGUCAAUUCACCAGCUACUCCUCAAGUUGUCAACUCACCUGCUGCUGUGAUGGCUACUGCCCCAUACAAAAGUGUGUGUUCUCCUGCUCCACAUAAAGUGCCCUCAAGGGCUCCCACACCUCAGAUGGAACCUACAGACUUUAUCCCUGAUCGAUCUGGGACAAUCUACGUUACCCCAAAUGUGCUGGCACAGAUGUCAUGUGAGAAAAGUUUGGUGGUGCAGCAGGAGAGAGCAGUCACUACCACCUCCUUGGUACCAUGUUCAACGGUUGGUUCCACUGUAGACAACCGUCUGAAUCAUGGUAUUCGAGGACCAGAUGUAGGUCAAUCGCCCUGUGCUCAGUAUCAAUCUGACCAGGAUAUCUUUGCAGAGACUACAGAUGAGGAGGUGGCUGAACCUGCUCCAGUUCUAAAAGCACCAUCAAAAUUGCCCAUCAUCACAGAGGUCUCCCAUGAUAUUGCCAAGAUUCCCUCCCUGUUUGAUACCAUGGAUGGACACAACCAAGUCAUGACACAAGCAGAGAACACACCGCCUCCCUGUCGCACAGGAAGAGACAGUCCUCGAUACUUUUCAGCAUUAAGCAACAGUAAUGAUGAUCCAGUGAGUGAUCAGUCAUCUAGGAUGGAGACUUCUCCAAGUAGUCCUAACAGUGGAGAGUUGAAAUCGCAGAAUCAUCCUAAUAACUCAGCAAAAGCUGAUAUCCAAGUCUCACAAGUGAGUGACAGUGACGAUGACAUAGAUAUAUUGGGGGACUGGGACCAUGAUUUGUCAGCAGGGGAGAUAACCAAAGUUCCCAUAACAGAACACACCAUCAGCCAUGACAGUACCUCUUUGUGUAAUGUAUCAUGUAGUCCUAAAAAGACAGCUUGGCAAACUGGCUUUGCCACCAAGCCUUCCUCGACCACGUCAGCUUUUAUCAGAAAAAUUCUAGAACAGAAAAAUACACAACAGUCUUCUGAAAAGAAAAGUCCUGUACGUACAGAAAGUAUUUCCUUAACGACACAGACUGCUUCACAGAAGAUUAGCCCGGAGUUAACAGCUAGUUCUACAGUUACUCUGUCAACACAAAACAAGCCAGUCUCUGCCGAUCAUCAUGCCAAAGAGAAAGUUCCGAGGCGAGUUCAAGUCAUUACAUUAAGUAAGGAAGUGUCGAAGGUCAGUAAAGACGCUCAAAAUGCUGUACAAAGUGCUCGGGGACCCUUCAAACAUCCCCAGGAACUCACGCCAAGGAAAUCAUCACACAAUAGUGGCAAACUGACAAGCCAAGUGAAACACUCCACCAGUAAUGACAAGGGUUCUAGUGGUGGAGGUUCAGCUGAGAAAGACGUGCCACCCCACCACCAAUAUAUAACUCCACCAAAAAAGAGGUUUACAGCAUCACUUAAAAGUGGGGAUGGAUUGUACUUUGUAUCCUCUGCUGCACAGCAAGGGAAUGUUUCCACUAACAUGAGAGACCAUUCACACCAGUCGGAGAGUCACAAUUCUAGUGCUAAGGUGUCACUUCCUGGACAGAGUCCUCGGAAGAAUAGAAAGUCAACUUUGACCCCCAGGAAAGACAUAGACUCAAGUCAUGUAACCCAAGGUAAUCACAGUAGAACAGAAAGUAGAGCUUCAGACACUUUAUCUUGUCAUGGUAGGACUUCAAGAAGUCCAUCUCGUGCUCCUCAUGAUCAAAGAACUUCAGAAAGGAAAUCACAAAGUCCAUCUCAUAGAAAAGCUUCAGAUAGGACAUCGCAAAGUCCAUCUCAUAGCAAAAAUACAGAUAGGACAUCGCAAAGUCCAUCUCAUAGCAAAAGUACAGAUAGGACAUCGCGAAAUCCAUCUCAUAGAAAAACUUCAGACAGAAUACCACAAAGUCCAUCUGGUCAUAAAAUAUCAGGAAGGUCAUCACAAAGCCCAUCUCCACAUAGAACAGUUUUCAACAGAACUACAGAAAGCCCCUCAAGAAGUAAAAAUCUAGAGAGGGUUUAUGCAAGUCCAAGUAUAAGGCGGAAAGUGUUUGAAACCAGUGUAAAUAACGACAGAAGAGUUGGUAAAAGUGAGGACAGGACCCCUCAUGUGAACACAGAAUAUGAUAAAGACAAUAAAAAUGUAGAGAGAGUCCACACAAGAUCCUCUAUAGGUCGGCCUAGUUCUUCAGCAUCCCACCCCCGAUCAUCUGGAUCAGGAACUUCCAACAAAAAUACGACCCAGCGGCAGACAUCCCCAACUCACAAACGAGGUCACAAACGUCACGUGGACAGUUAUCAAAGUGGGGAGGUCAAGACGAAAAGAGCCAAAAAGAGCAACACGCCAAUUGAUCUUACAAAACUAGAUGUGGACAAGUUUCUCAACAGUGAUGUGUACAUCAAGGGCAGACUGGAAAAGUGAUCUAGGUGUCCAACAUAGCACUAACAGUCUACUGAGGGAACAAGUGAUCUAGGUGUCCAACUUAGCACUAACAGUCUACUGACAGAACAAGUGAUCUAGGUGUCCGAUAUAGCACCAACACUCUACUGAGGGAACAAGUGAUCUAGGUGUCCGAUAUAGCACCAACACUCUACUGAGGAAACAAGUGAUCUAGUGUCCCAUAUAGCACUAACAGUUUACUGAUGGGACAAGUGAUCUAGGUGUCCAACAUAGCACUAACAGUCUACUUACAGAACAAGUGAUCUAGGUGUCCAACAUAGCACUAACAGUUUACUGAUGGGACAAGUGAUCUAGGUGUCCAACAUAGCACUAACAGUCUACUGACAGAACAAGUGAUCUAGGUGUCCAACAUAGCACUAACGGUUUACUGAUGGGACAAAUUUCCGAGGUGACAACUAACUGGAAUAGGACCAGCAUAUUAUAACAAAUGAUACUGCCCGGAGAAUACAGAUGACUUUGGGUAUAUUGGUGGUCAGUGUAAUAGGCAGUAUUGUAAGUCAUUGUGAUAUUAUAGAAGUAUACAUGUACAUUUUGUAGUGAUAUUGUGUUUCAUUGUGUACCUGUAUAACAUUGUAUAUGUGGU